AUGGAGAAUUGCACUCGAUCUAGUUUUGAAUCCACACUCCACGAGACGGAGACACCGUUUUUGACCACUUUUGAAAAAUCGAGCGAUUAUACGAACUACCGCACAUCAAGAAGAGUGCAACUAGGCUGGGCAGUGAUAGCCCCCUGGGUACUUUCUCUUCUCCUGUUAGCUGUCAUCGUUAUCAUCGAAAUCAGAGUAAAUGGUCUGAUAGGAGGACCUCCCUUUGGAUAUUGGACUGCUCAUGAGCUUGAGAUUGCAAAAAGAGAGAUUCCCGCAACCUUGAAGCAAAUAAGAUUUACGGGUGGAUUGAGGUAUAAUGAAAGCAAGCAGCUGUAUCGAGAAAUAGAACUAGGGGUUCCCGACUAUUCCGGUAUUCCUACUCCAGAGAUCGAUGCUGCCUGGCAUGAUCUCAUUUCUACCACAGAUGUGUUUCUGACGGAAGAGGAAGUGAAGGCGAACAUCGAAAACGGAGGAACUUUUGCCAACUUUCCGCGGCCUGAUGAUUCUUUGUACACUGACCCAUUCACGGGGCUAUAUCAAGCAGUAACUUGGGGACGUUUUUUGGCCUCAUAUAGCAUCAUGUGUGCAUCCGAUAUGACGCCCAUUCCCGAGGCUCACACUGACUUCAAACCCAAUGGAAACCUGGAGCCGAUAUUCCAGAUCGAGCAUACCUGUCGCGAUUACAGCGCUAUCCAGAAAUGGGCUAAAGGCCGCGAUGCACUUGAUGAUACUGUUUGGCGAAAAAACGCAGAGAAACUAAAGCCGGGGUUGCUUAGCUAA